CGAUGAUUGGUUGAUCGACUGCGAUGUCUGCUGGUUGCGACAUGGCAGCUGCUUUUAAACAGCGGGUCUAAGUUUCGGACCGUGGACCGGACCGGACUGGACGGAGGACUCGGACGAUAUGCUGCCGGAUCAGGACGGGCCGAGCGGAGGAGGAGGGGGGGUUAAAGAGGACCCUGCUGUGUCUGUGUUCAGGGAAUAUAUCCGACUGAAGACCGUCCACCCGGAGCCAGACUACGAUGGUGCUCUCAAGUUUCUUGGCAGGAUUUCGGAGGAGCUUGGUUUACCCAUGAAGAAAAUAGAGGUGUGUCCUGGUAGAGUGGUGGCCAUCAUGACGUGGACAGGAACUAAUCCAUCUCUGAAGUCCGUCCUCCUCAACUCCCACACUGAUGUAGUCCCAGUCUAUCAGGAGCAGUGGAAGUACGAUGCAUUCGCUGCUGUGAAGGACGCUGAGGGAAACAUCUACGGGAGAGGAACUCAGGACAUGAAAUGCGUCACUAUACAGUAUAUCGAAGCCAUUCGUCGUCUGAAGGCUGCAGGGAAGAGAUUUCCUCGCACCAUCCACUUAACUUUCGUUCCAGAUGAAGAGGUCGGAGGUCAUAAAGGAAUGGAGUCAUUUAUAAAUCACCCAGAGUUUAAGAAGCUUAACGUCGGCUUCGCCCUGGACGAAGGCCUGGCGAACCCCACUGAAGCGUUCACUGUGUUUUAUGGAGAGAGGAACCCCUGGUGGAUCACUAUCCGGUGUCCAGGCAGUCCAGGGCACGGUUCCAGGUUUGUGGAGAACACAGCUGCUGAGAAACUGCGCAGGAUCAUUAACUCGUUCCUGGCCUUCAGAGAGCGAGAGAAGCAGCGGUUGGACACAUCCGAGUGUUUCACGCUGGGUGACGUCACCACUGUUAACAUGACGAUGGUGCAUGGAGGCGUGGCUUAUAACGUGAUCCCUGCAGAGAUGGACGUCAGCUUUGAUUUGAGGAUCCCGCCCACUGUCGAUCUGCAGGAGUUUGAGGAGCAGAUUAAGGCCUGGUGCGCUGAGGCCGGUGAGGGCAUCACAUAUGAGUUUGCACAGAAAUUUAUGCAACAGAACACCACGUCCACGGAGGACAACAACCCCUGGUGGAAAGCUUUCAGCUCCACCUGCAAAGCCUUGAACAUGACGCUGGAGAAGGAGAUCUUUCCAGCUGCCACAGACAGUCGCUUCAUCAGGGCGGUGGGUUUGCCUGCAAUUGGAUUUUCCCCGAUGAACCGUACCCCCAUCCUCCUCCACGACCACAACGAGUUCCUGAAUGAGGAAGUGUUUCUGAGGGGCAUCACAGUGUAUGAGAGGCUGCUGCCCGUGCUGACCGCUGUACCAGCACAGAGCGGAGAGGAAUAAACACACACAUACACACAUA